AUGGAUACUCGUCCUUUGUGGCUUUUGGUGGUUGCUCUGCUGGCGAAGACCAAUGGAAGGGAAGCCUUCACCAUUGCUCCCAGCCUGCCGAUGCUGAAAGAGGUUCUGAAGGACGUGCCUGGAGCGGAGUUGGCAGAUGCGACGGCCAAGGUGCCCUCGGGGCUGCUGCGCGGCAACCUGCGCGCGCUGGGAGACAUGGAUGAGUGCGUGGCGGUGGAGGCAGAGGUGCACAACACCACCUUGCAAGGGAUGUACUGCCUGGCCGGCUUCCAUAUGGAUUCGGACAGCGUGCGCGUCACUCGUCUUCUCGAUAUCGCCACGGCCGGACGCCGACACCUCGAGCUGCGCCACCGACAAGUACAUUUGGGCAACGGAGUGAUGGUGCCAUCGCCAGGGUUCGUGCCCGAGCUGUCUCGCGGCGAGUGGGGUGUGUGCGUGCCCGCCGCCUGCUCGGCCGCCGACGUGGAGGUUGCGCUGCGCGGCCUGGCGCGCCGUCUGCUGCCCUCUACCAGCCUGAGCCUCGACGUGCGCGUCCCACCGCUCGCCUGCCGCACGCGCUCCGGCCCCGCGCGCCCCCUCCGCGCGCCGCACUACGCCUUCGCGUGA